UGGCUGACAAGUGCUAAGUGUCUUAAACUGCUCCUACUCCUUUGGAUGUCCUUGGGAUUGUUUCAGAGAAAAAGAAAUUGGGAUAUAGAAUACCCAUCCUUUCCAAGAGGGAGUCCACUAAAGUUCCGAAGAGCAGGUCUCAGGACAGUGGGGGCAGCUGCUUCCCUCUCUGAAGCAUGGCGCAGAUGUGGAGAAGGAUUUCAGGACACUUCUGGGACUCUGUCAUUAACAGCUGAAAAGAAGAUCAUUACAGAAAAGAACCUCAAAUUAUCCCCUAGACCCAAGAAAGAAAGUGCUGCAUCUAAGAGUACCGGUGAGCUAAAAGAUAUAACAUGGAGUUCCAGUGAAAGUGAUCUGUCUGAUGAGGAUAAAAGAGUUUUUAAGUCACAGGGAUAUAAUGGACAUGGUUCUGGAAUAGACAGGUUUUAUACCAGGAACAGGACUAUUUCAUGUCCAGAAGAUGGAGCCAGUGAAGAUGAACUACAAUUUAUUGACUGGGAGAUUGACAGUGACAGGGAAGAUCCUAGUGAGUAUAAUGAAUUUGAAGAUGGUGAGAGUGUUGUGGAAAUAUCAGACUGUGCUUCUUGUUCAAGCAAUCAUUCUUCGACUAGUGAAGAGAGGCCCUCUGAGCUUGUAAAGAGUUCUACAGAAAUUUUGGAAUAUUCAUCAGAUAGUGAAAAGGAGGAUUACUCCAUUGAUUCAGAAUCUUCUCUCAAAUACCACAUGGAUUUUGAAUCUGAUGAUAGACAGAUACUGGAGAGACCUGUAAAGCAGAAGGUGAAAUCUGCAGAGACCACUUUGUACACACCCCAGAAACAGAUGUUUCCGAGGACUCCAGAAACAUCAGCAAACAAGAAGAAGCUUUUGAGAGGCGGGCUAGCAGAAAGACUAAAUGGCCUGCAGAAUCGGGAGAGAUCUGCUAUUUCUUUGUGGAGAUAUCAAUGUGUUUCUUACCAAAAGACACUUUCAGGUAGAAAAUCUGGUGUAUUAAUUGUGAAAAUUCUAGAGCUGCAUGAGGAAUGCACCAUCCAAGUUGCUAUGUGUGAGCAUUUAGCAGGGCUGCAGGCCAACAGCCCUUCUCAAGGUGAGGUCCCCAGGACUGGCCUGAAGGUUCUGUUCACAAAGGAGACUGCUCGCCACCUCAAGGGACAUCCCCAAGACAUCGUCCAUAUCUACCCUCCCUGGCAAAUGCUUAUUGUCCCAAGUGGAAGUUGCCCUGUUAUUCUGAAUACUUACUUUUGUCAGAAAGUUGUUGCCAAAGAAGAUUCAAAAAUAAUACAUGAAGUGCACUGUUGGGACACAGCCCUUCCAAGAAGAAGUAUCACUUUGGCUCAGAGAUUUAGAUUUAGGAAUCUAACAAAUAUAUCACCUGAAAGCCAGGUUAUGUAUAGUGGUCUCACUACCAUAAGGACAGACUGUACCCAUGGACAUGAAGAAGCAAAACAGUGCUUUCCAGCCCAAGCUCCCCUGAGGGAUUCUCUUCUGGAUGCAGUGGAAAGCCAGGGAGCUGCCCCAUGGUCAGGAGUUGGGGUUCGAGUGGUGGUACAGAGAGUUUACUGUCUUCCCUACAGAUAUCAGCAGGGAGGUGGCUCAGCUGCUCCACAUGACUCAGACCCACCCAGAGUUAGAGGCUGCCUUCUUGUGCAAGAUGCCUAUGGAAUGUUUAGUGAAGUGCACUCUGAGGUCACCAUCUUGAAGGACCAACAGUUGGAAGGAAAGUCCUGCAGCCUGAUGGGAAUGAAGGUUCUACAGAAGGCCACCAGAGGAAGGGCAGCAGGGCUUUUCAGUUUGAUCGAUACCCUGUGGCCUCCAGUGAUGCCUCUGAAAGCACCCGGUCAUGGCCAAGCCUGUGAAAAGGUAAAAAAUCACAUGCCUCCUCCUAGCUUCUGUUACAUCCUUACUGCUCAUCCAAAUGUGGGGCAAAUUGAUAUAAUUGAAGAAGACCCCAUUUCUAAACUUUACCAGCCUCCAGUUCCCCGCUUCUUAAAAGAAAUUCUCCAGACUAGUGAUGUUAGUACCCGUUGCAGUUUCUAUGCCAGAGUGAUUUACCAGAGACCACAGCAAAGGGAGAUUUGGCUGAUGGUGACUGAUGCCACCCUCCAGAUGCAGGAUGAGAAUAACUCUGGCCUCCCCAAAACCAUACCAGUCUGUGUGGCCCCCUCAUGUGUGUUGAGCCAGGAAGUUCUGGAAGCGCUCACCGAAGCUGUCUCUCAUAGCUUUCUCUUCAGGGACACUGUCCGAGCCCAGGGUCAUAUUGUUUGUGUUGAACGAAGUGUCCUCUUGCUUCAAAAGCCCCGUUUGGGUGUGGACUCCGGAGCUCACUCCUGUGAACUGACUGGCCCUGUGAAGCUCAAUGAACUGGUUUCUGUUACUCAGGUCAACUCCAUUUGCAGCAUUCAAGCCAUGCUAAUAGGCACUGUAAUUGGGGUGGAUGAGAGCACUGCUUUCUCCUGGCCCACUUGUGACAUGUGUGGCAACGAGAGAUUGGAACUGAGCCCAGGAGACAGAGACAUCUUUUCCUGUGGGGACUGCUCCCGUGUGGUCACCUCUCCUCUUCUCAGAAAGCACCUGCAGGUGUUCCUGGACUGUCCCUCUCGACCCCAUUGCACAGUGAAGGUCAAGCUGUCCCAGACCAGUAUUUCUUCACUCCUGAGGUUUGCCGCCUGCGAGGAUGGGAGUUAUGAAGUGAAGAGUGUCCUCGGAAAGGAGGUGGGGUUGUUGAAUUGUUUUGUCCAGUCCAUAACCACCCACCCAGCUAGCUGCGUUGGAUUGGAGGAAAUUGAGCUCCUGAGUGCAGGAAGAGCCUCAUCAGAACACUGCCGGUUGCCGUAGGAUCUGUGAACUUUGCAAAGCGGUUACGCUUGGGGUAGUUACUUGUUAACUAUAGGUAGAGCGACUGUUAUUGUAUGAUCUUGAAAUGGAACUUAGAUUUUUCUGGGGCAAAUGUUAGUGUGAUUAUUUUGUAAACUAAACAUCAAAAUAUUUUUUUCUAGUUAAAAUAUUUUUAUCUUUUUGCAAAUUUGGGAACAUGUUAUUAAAACUUAAAUAAGC